CCGGCAGCUGCUUUUUCUCUCUGGGCGUGCGAAGGCGUGCUGGGAGAUGUAGUCCUCGUGGCCUGAGGGGGAAUCUCCUCUUACAGGAGCGUCUCCUGCGCCUGCUUGAGCCCCGUGAGGUGGUGCCAUGGCGGCCCCCGCGCGCCCUUGGAGCCUGGAGGAGCUGCGCAGCGACGCCCUGCCCAAGCGGGAGAUCGUCCGCUUCCUGCAGGAGCAGGCGGCACACCGGUUCCUUGCAGAGCACAAAUUACUAGGCCAGAUAAAAAAUGUGGCUAAGACUGCCAGUAAGGAUCAAUUAAUAACAGCUUAUAACCAGCUCUUUGAAACAAAGAGCUUUAAGGGUACUGAGAGCACAGAGCAUGUAGCAGAGCAGGUGAAAAAUGUCAAGAUUGAUGAAGAGAAGCCAAAAGAAACAAAGCCUGAGGAAGCUCUUGAUGAGGGCCCCCCAAAAUACACAAAGUCAAUACUGAAAAAAGGGGAUAAAAUCAACUUUCCAAAAAAGGGUGAGAUCGUUCAUUGCUGGUAUACAGGGAAGCUGCAAGAUGGAACCGUCUUUGAUACUAACAUUCAGACAAGUUCAAAGAAGAAGAAAGCCUCAAAACCACUGAGCUUCAAAGUUGGAGUUGGGAAAGUGAUACGAGGCUGGGAUGAAGCUCUGCUGACAAUGAGCAAAGGGGAGAAGGUUCUCCUGGAAAUCGAGCCAGAAUGGGCUUACGGGAAGAAAGGGCAACCUGAUGCCAAGAUUCCACCAAACGCAAAACUUUUAUUUGAAGUGGAACUGGUGGAUAUCGAAUGAUGGAUUGCUGCCUGCUCCGCCCCAAGCCUUGGCGAACUGUGAAGAUGCUCUUGGAAGUCCAGGAGUCAUUGACUGUGGCCUUAUACAGUGAGGAGAAGGUUUUAUUCCAGUUGCUAUGUAUAGCAUCAGUAUAACUAAAGACUGAUUUGUA